ACGCUGAAUGGCAUGUGGCAUAAACUUUCUGCGAUUAACUUUGGCUGGAUUCUACGACGCCUGACAAUCAUCACACUUCAGUACUCGGCUAAUUUUUUUAGGACAUGGCUUCGCCAGAACCGCCAUCAGCCUGAUGCCUUGCUAUCACACGACCAGGCUGUCCUGCCUUGCCCAUAGUGUACUCCGGUGAGCCUCAGCCUUGUACGUCGCAACCCAAUGUUCCUAACUCUUUAAAACGGACAAUCUCUCUUCUACCGUGUUGUUGCGUCACCAUGGAGCCACAACGUGAGUCGUUCGAACUCUCGCCCAGAAGGCUGAGGGAGUAUACAACUUCUGGUCAGAAUACAGAUAGGGAAAUACCUGCUGUUCACCCAUCAGUCCGUGAAGCCGAUGCAUUAUCUGAGAUUCGGAGCAGCAUCAUUUCAGAGGACACCAGACCACAGGAAGAAGUCGAUGUGGAUAUUGACAACCCACUCAGAGUCUUGUCCGAAUCAGAGAGAAACAGGAAAAUCAACGAGCUAAUCGAGUUCGAUCGUGGUUUGAGGGAUUAUCGCAAUCUCCUGAGGCGAGGCGGAAUACAUGCUACAGUACAGGUGCCUAGGAUCGUAGUAGAAGACGACCAAGAUGGCCAAAACCUCUCCAGGGCUCAGAAAAGGUAUCUCAAACGGGAAACGAAAUUGGGAACAUUCAGGCAGUCCAAGCAUUUACGGAGUAGCCUCUUAGCGACUUGUUUGGCUGGAAUGAUUCAAGGAUGGACGCAGUCAGCAAUCAAUGGCUCCAACCUUGCCAUGGCCCAGGAAUUCCAUAUCCAAGUUAGCAGUAGGCCCAUUGCCACACCUGGUCUUCCGGAGCCUGGGAAGAGCGAACACAGUCUAUGGAUGUUCGGCUUUGUUACCGCGGUUCCUUUCCUCAUUGGGGGCAUUGUGGCCCCCAUCAUUUCUGAUCCAUUGCAAGAGCGUCAUCUAGGACGAAGAGGAGCGAUAGCAGUAGCAUGUUUGGUGUCCAUCGGUGCUACUAUCGGGCAAGCCUUCUCCAAAACUCUGGACCAUCUUAUUGGCUGUCGACUUUUAAUCGGCGCUUCACUGGCCGCAAAAGCGUCUGCUGCACCACUACUUACCGCUGAAGUAGCACCUAAUCAUUUGAGAGGUAAUCUACUUGCAACUUGGCAACUCAGUGAUGCCUUCGGCAUCUUCCUGGGGUUUUCCGCUAAUCUUGCCAUACUCAACAUUCAUUCCGCAAAUUCAAAUAUCAUCUGGAGACUGCAGACAGUAACAGUUCUUAUACCCACCGUUCUUCUACUUUUCGUAGUGCUUCUCACACCAGAGUCACCGAGAUUCCUUAUGAAGCAUGGGAAACUGCGCCGAGCCCUCGAGUCAUUCAUCUUACUACGUCCGACUCCAGUGUCUGCCAUAGCUGGGGCGCGAGACUUCGUCUAUGCGCAUUUCCAGCUUGACGCUGAGAGCAAAUCAAUGGGUAGACAUUUAGCAGCUCGCGAAAUGGAUGACUCAGAGUCAAUUGGGAGUGAAUAUCCCGACGACGAUAGUAUUGCAGGAGUACCGCCAAGGAGACACCUACCGCCACCCCGAUAUCAUCACUCGCAAACCAGCUAUUUCCGUAGAUUGGCCUAUUUUUGGCGCGUUCCCCGGGCAAGACGGUCGCUGGCGUGCGCUUCAACUGCCAUGGUUGCACAGCAAUUUACUGGCGUGAACACCAUAGUAUUUCUCUCAACUGUGCUGCUCGCUAAAGCAGGGGCAUCCGCUGUCGACAGUGCAUGGGUGGGCUUUGGGUUGGGCCUGACUAAUUUCAUUUUCGGGAUCCCGGCAUUCUACUACGGAGAAACUAUUGGACGAGCAACUCUGCUCCUACUUGGGUUUCCCUUUAUGUUUCUUUUUAUGCUUCUGCUCGCUAUAUUCUUCGGUAUCCGUGAACCCGGCGAGCAUUCCCUUACCGUACUCUUUGGCAUCUUUGGUCUGCUUUUCAUGAUUUCUUACUCGCCGACGGCAGGGACGUCACCAUUCGCUAUUUCCGCGGAAGUAUUCCCGCUGGUCAUUCGCGAGGUCGGACAUUCACUGGCAGUGACUGUCAAUUUCGUCUUGCUGGGAGUGGUGCUUCUGGUAUUUCCAAGUCUGAGCGACAACAAGGGAGCUUAUGGUUCAAGCCUGGGACUCUUCGCAGGGCUUAACGUAAUUGCCUUCGUGUUGUGUUAUCUCUAUGUCCCAGAGACAAAAGGCAGAACCCUAGAAGAGCUGCGUUCAACAUUCGAUCUGCCGACCAGAAUACACAUCCGCUAUCGAAUGCUGUACAUCACAGAAUGGUUCGCCAUGCGCUUCCUCCUACCCGUUGCUCUCAAACUUCACCUUUUGAAGAGCAAGCGCAGAAAGGAUCUCAGGGAAAGGUCCGAAAUGUUCAAACAGAGGAUCACUUUCCAUCGAUGGGGGCCGGAAGAGAUUCAAGUCGCCAGGAGGCGAUGGCAGGCAGCUACACAGUGUGAGACUAUCCCAGACGUCGAGCAUCUAUUCUACCCAUGGGGACAAGCGAGGAGACCUCCGCCAGGAAGGGUGGAAACCAACGGGGAUAUUGACGGACAGAAUCGCUGAGACUAGGGAGAGAGGAUUGGCAUAUAAGGUUCUGCCCGGAUUUGCCGCACCCCAG